CAUGCUUGUUUUUAUUCUGAAGAAUUAUAAUGCUCUUUGAAGCCAAGUAUUUGUUACAAAAAUAGAGUACUGUCUACUUUUCCGGCGAUUUUUAGUGUAGCUUAAAUAGCGUGGUUUUGACGUCUAAACCUAAAUCCGUCAUAAGUAACAUUUUAUUUGACAAGACAUGUCAUACGCUUCUAUGGCCAACUCAUAAACAAAGCUUGAUUUCAAUGCAUUAUACUUUUUAUUUUAACACUAGUUGUCAUGUAUAAUUAGAUAUAGAUUUUCAAUUUACAACAAAAAUGCCGACUGUAAUUUUACUGGACGUGUCCUUGUCGAUGUCUCGGACGGUGCCCACAUUAGAUGCCAUCGAAAAUCAUACCCGGCUUACAGUUGCCACUGCUGCUAUCAAUUCGUUUUUAGAUUUUCUAAGUGUUCACGCAAGAUUAGAAUACGUCGCUUUGGUUACUUUCUCUUCCAUAUGCGAAGUGGCCGUACCAUUCACUCGAGAGUUUGAGAAUAUUCGCAACAAACUGCCACUCUUAGAAGAGGGCGAUAAAACAUACCUGGACUCAGCUUUGGCUGGAGUCAGCCAGCUUAUUCUGAGUGAGUGGGGAUACCAGACGCCCAUGCAAAUCAUAUUAAUAACAGAUGGCAGUAUAGGUUCGGGUCCAAUUGGUAGGAGUAGAGCCAUACAAAACCUGCCCCUGCCAGCACCUUACCCGGUCAGGAUUCACAUCAUGCCUAUAGUCUCACCUGUUGAUCCCUGUUUACAGCAUGCAAUGCCCCUGUACCAGAAAAUUGUGGACCUAGCUACUUCUGCCAAUAAUUCAAGUGGAAAUGUCAGUCGAGGAUCUGUUUAUUGCCUAGACCAACUUUCAGUCACCAGUGCGGUGAACACGAUGACGCGGCUGUGCGAGCAGCACUACCAGGAGUUCUCGUGCACUCUGAAGUGCGGGCAGCUCGCGGCGCGCGUGCAGCUGUUCCCCGAGCCGCACCCUGCCGUGCACGAGGGCUACGCCGCCACCUACACGCUCUCCAAUGAGAUCAACAUAAUGGGGUUCAUGCACGUUAGCGAAUUAGGUACUCCGAUAGCAGUAAGCAAGCAUCUAGUGGUGCCACAAGCUCAAAACGGCAACUCUUCCAACAGAGAAAAUUAUGGCACCAAAACUCCAAUAAAGGAUGGGUCGAGCAUGGAUGGUAGUUCACCAGAUGAAGAAGUGUUGGACCCCAGUAAGAUGCCUAAUUUCUGCGUUUUACUCCAUGGAGCGCUCAAGGUGGAGAACAUGGCUGCAAUAGUAGAACUAGGCGGCGACUGGUGGGGCGCGCUGGUGGCGUGGAACGAGGCGUCGCGCUCCCGGCGCUCCUGCCUGCUGCUGUGCGUGCUGCGGCCCGGCGCCUCCGCCGCGCCCUGGCUCGGCCCGCUGGACCAGCUGGGCACGUGCGACGAGACUACCCCGCCAUCGGAGACGUACCCGGUGCGGUCGUGGCGCUCGUACAGCGGCGGCGGCGCGGGCUGCGCGUGGGCGCGGCCGCACGCGCUGCUCGCCGACGUGCAGAAAGUGCUGCGCCACGCGCGCAAGCUGCCCGACAAGACCCAGCACCUCUACAAGGAACUGAACAGACUGCGCCGCGCCGCGAUCUCGCUAGGCUUCUCCGAGUUGCUGGCGUGCGUGGGCGCCGCGCUGGAGCGCGAGUGUGCAGCGCUGCCCGCCGGCGCGCCGCCCGAGUGCGCUCUGCAGCUCGCGCACGCCGCCGCCGCACUGCGCGACCCGCGCACGGCUCUCGACGUCAAGCACACCCUGCAGCCCCUAGCCAGCAACUUCACUGUCACCUCUAUGCCACAUUAACAACUUCUACGAAAUUCUAGGAACAGCUGACUCAUACGGCGGCUAUCACGCGACCGUUAGACGGCUCUUGGUGUCAAACUUAACCUGCAUCUAGUAGCCAGCGAUAAUUUCAACAAAUUUAAAAAAUGUAGACGUGAGGGUUUCGACAUUAAGUAUGCCACAGCAAUAACUUGUGCAAAAUUCUUGGUUGUACAUCUGGCUUAUAUAGCUGCGGCGCUCGAUGUUAGAGGUGUUAGAAGUGCAGUCGCUGGUAUCUGUAUCAGUUACCUUAACGAACCUAUUGAACUUUUGUGCAACAUUCUAAUAAAGUAAUAUAAGUAUGCCAA